GGGUUCUUCGGUGGGUGUCAUCAUGUAACCGGCUUCCACAGCUUAGGGCCAGGAGCUCAGAUCAUACGGGCUCAACUGUGCUAACUCCCUUCCUCUGCUUGUGGGGCACGACGUGUCCCAUAUCCGGGACCCUACGCGUAUCUUCGCUGCGGGAAUCUCCACAUCCCGCCUUCCCGCUGCAUUCUCUCCACUGGAGUGUUACCUCCUGCUCCUUCAUCUUAUCUCCUUUUCUGCUUUCCCCGAGCCCUGUUCCCUUCCUUACCCCAGGCUCCUUGUCUAAGCCAGGCACUCCUUGUGCCCGUUCAAAACCUGAGGAUGUCCCCUCUCUCUUUGCAAAUCAAACUAGCGUAGGCUUUGGCAACUCCAGGACUCCUCUAGCACCAGCUUCUAAAGCAUAACCUGACUUCUGAGCCCCUCAGUUCUCCGCCCCCCACUCCCCUCACCCCCUAUCUGGCAAGACCAUUCUGAAUCUCUGGUGAAAUUUAUGGGACACAAGCCAGAGAAGUCAGUGGGAGAAAUUGAAGGAGCAACCAGAAAAGUUGACAAUCAUCUGUUGGGUCAAAAUGUCAGGAAUCGGCAAUAAGAGAGCAGCAGGAGAGCCAGGUACUUCUGUACCUCCAGAAAAGAAGGCUGCUGUUGAAGACUCAGGGACCACAGUAGAAACUAUUAAACUAGGGGGUGUGUCUUCCACGGAGGAGUUGGAUAUUCGUACGCUGCAGACCAAAAAUCGUAAACUGGCUGAGAUGUUGGAUCAGAGACAGGCUAUUGAAGAUGAGCUGCGUGAACAUAUUGAGAAACUGGAGCGCCGACAGGCCACUGAUGACGCUUCUUUACUGAUUGUUAACCGAUAUUGGAGCCAGUUUGACGAAAACAUCCGCAUUAUCCUUAAACGCUAUGAUCUGGAACAGGGCUUGGGAGAUCUUCUCACAGAAAGAAAAGCCCUUGUAGUUCCUGAACCAGAACCAGAUUCAGAUAGCAAUCAGGAACGUAAAGAUGACAGAGAAAGAGGGGAGGGACUAGAGCCAGCUUUCUCCUUCCUUGCUACUUUGGCCAGUAGCACCAGUGAAGAGAUGGAAUCACAACUACAGGAGCGUGUGGAGUCCUCUCGUCGAGCUGUGUCUCAGAUAGUGACAGUCUAUGAUAAAUUGCAAGAAAAGGUGGAUUUACUGUUUCGCAAACUAAACAGUGGAGAUGCUUUGGUUGUAGAGGAAGCAGUCCAGGAGCUGAACUCCUUCUUGUCCCAUGAGAAUGGACGGCUUCAGGAAUUGGCAGACCUUCUUCAGGAAAAGCACCGCACCAUGUCGCAGGAGUUUUCUAAGUUGCAGAGUAAAGUAGAAACUGCUGAGUCACGGGUAUCAGUUUUAGAGACGAUGAUUGAUGAUUUGCAGUGGGAUAUUGACAAGAUACGCAAGAGAGAGCAGCGCCUCAAUCGGCACCUUGCUGAAGUGUUAGAAAGAGUAAAUUCCAAAGGUUAUAAAGUAUAUGGAGCUGGGAGCAGUCUCUAUGGUGGCACAAUCACUAUUAAUGCUCGAAAGUUUGAAGAGAUGAAUGCUGAACUUGAAGAAAACAAAGAAUUGGCUCAGAACCGUCUCUGUGAGCUGGAGAAGCUUCGGCAAGAUUUGGAAGAAGUGACUGCCCAUAAUGAGAAGCUCAAGGUGGAGUUGAGGAGUGCCGUGGAAGAAGUGGUAAAGGAAACCCCAGAAUACCGCUGUAUGCAGUCACAGUUUUCUGUCCUCUAUAAUGAGAGCCUACAGUUGAAAGCACAUUUGGAUGAAGCUCGUACCCUUCUUCAUGGCACUAGGGGGACUCACCAGCGCCAGGUGGAACUCAUUGAGCGGGAUGAAGUCAGCCUCCAUAAGAAGCUGAGGACAGAAGUGAUACAGUUAGAAGACACAUUGGCACAGGUCCGCAAGGAGUAUGAAAUGUUGAGGAUAGAAUUUGAGCAGACUCUGGCUGCCAAUGAGCAAGCAGGCCCUAUAAACCGGGAGAUGCGGCACCUUAUCAGCAGCCUUCAGAACCACAAUCAUCAACUAAAGGGGGAGGUCUUAAGGUAUAAGCGCAAACUAAGAGAGGCCCAGUCUGAUUUGAGCAAGACCCGUCUUCGCAGUGGCAGUGGCCUUCUGCAAUCUCAAUCUAGUACUGAAGACCCCAAAGAAGAACCUAUGGAGAUCAAGCAGGAACCUGAGGACUCUUCAACCCAGACCUUAGCACCCAGGGCUGCUCAAGAAGAGGUGAAUGAGACCAAGGCCAAAAGAGAUGAGGAAGAGCGAGAACGGGAAAGGCGUGAAAAGGAGAGGGAACGGGAGAAAGAGAAGGAAAAAGAAAGAGAGCGAGAGAAGGAAAAGGAGAGAGAGCGGGAAAAGCAGAAGCAAAAAGAUUCAGAAAAGGAUCGAGAAUCCGGCAAAGAGAAAGAGAAAGGGAAGCAUGAAGAUGGAAGGAAGAAAGAAGCUGAGCUGAUUAAGCAGCUGAAGGCUGAACUCAAGAAAGCACAAGAGAGCCAGAAGGAGAUGAAGCUCUUGCUAGAUAUGUAUCGCUCUGCUCCCAAGGAACAGAGAGAUAAGGUUCAACUAAUGGCAGCUGAGAAAAAGGCUAAAGCUGAGUUGGAAGAUCUGAGGCAGAGGCUCAAAGACUUAGAGGAUAAGGAGAAAAAGGAAAGCAAGAAAAUGGCCGAUGAGGAUGCCCUGCGGAAGAUCAAGGCAGUGGAGGAGCAGAUAGAAUACUUACAGAAGAAACUAGCUGUGGCUAAGCAGGAAGAAGAUGCUCUACUCUCAGAGAUGGAUGUCACAGGGCAGGCCUUUGAAGACAUGCAGGAACAGAAUAUUCGCUUAAUGCAGCAAUUGAGAGAAAAAGAUGAUGCCAAUUUCAAGUUGAUGUCAGAGCGCAUCAAGUCUAAUCAGAUCCAUAAAUUACUCAAAGAGGAAAAAGAGGAGCUUGCAGACCAGGUUCUGACCCUGAAGACUCAGGUGGAUGCUCAGCUACAGGUAGUUAGGAAACUGGAAGAGAAGGAACAUCUCUUACAAAGCAACAUUGGCACAGGAGAGAAGGAGCUGGGUCUUCGGACACAGGCUUUAGAGAUGAAUAAGCGCAAGGCAAUGGAAGCAGCCCAGCUUGCAGAUGACCUCAAAGCACAACUAGAGUUGGCACAGAAGAAACUACAUGAUUUUCAAGAUGAAAUAGUAGAGAACAGUGUAACCAAGGAAAAGGAUAUGUUUAAUUUUAAGCGGGCCCAGGAAGAUAUUUCUAGACUCCGAAGAAAAUUAGAGACUACAAAGAAGCCAGAUAAUGUACCUAAAUGUGAUGAAAUCCUAAUGGAGGAGAUCAAGGAUUAUAAGGCUCGCCUAACUUGUCCAUGUUGCAACAUGCGUAAGAAAGAUGCUGUCCUUACCAAGUGCUUUCAUGUCUUCUGCUUUGAGUGUGUGAAGACACGUUAUGACACCCGCCAGCGCAAAUGUCCAAAGUGUAAUGCUGCCUUUGGUGCCAAUGACUUCCAUCGCAUCUAUAUUGGUUGAAACUGGUUAUGAGUAGAGGAACAGAAAGUCAGGAUAGGCGCUUUUUCAUGAACCAUCAAAUUGAUACCUCUUCUUUCCUUAAUGCUACUGGAAGGGCCAUGUGUUGCAUUCUCAGACUCCUACCUAUGUUUUUCUCUGAAAUAACUGGGUGACUCCAGUGAGAGAAUUGAGUAAAUUAAAGGGUUAGGUUUGUGGAAAGCAGUUAAAAUAAGCAAACAGUUACUACCUUCCCUUCCAGUUUAAAUUUCGUUAGGAUCCCACUAUAUCAUCAUGGUUUAUUGGCCCUUCUCCCAAAGGUGCUGAGUUGGUAUUUUUGCUCUGGAAUAGUAUUGAUUGUGUACUGAUUGGAGAGCAGAGGGGAAGGAAGAUUGGAGAGAAGAGGGAAAAGAGGCAGCUGGGGUCAGGCUGAAGAAAACAAGCUUCUUAGCAUAAAAUUGCUUUGGAGCAUGAUUUGGUUUGUAAACUUGUAGCACAAAAGUGUCCUAGUGGCACUCUUCCUUAGACAGCAUGAGCUGAUACCCUCAGAUGUGGCCAGUUACAGAAUGUCUGGUGGCACCUUUGUUGUUACAGAGUUUUUAAUUGGUGGAAGAUAUACAAAGAAAAGCCUUUAAUUCCUCCCAGGCUGGAAUAGUUAUAUAAAAGCAUAGCCCCUUUCUGACCUUCAGUAUGGCUAGAAUUGGAAGAGAAGUAAGAACAAGACUGAGGUGAUGAGAACCUUUUGGGCUGGCAUUCUACUGAAGGAUGCUAAUGAGGCCUUGGUGAGCUGUGAAAUCCUUUUUGUUCACUUCUGGGGUGUUGUCAAUCUUCGUUUUCCAGAGGACUGUGUAGCGUGUUCCAGCAGACUUUGUACUUGACAAAUGCCAAUUAAAACAUAGGUCAAUUUCUCUCUGUUUUACAGGUUUUUUUCCUUGAGAAGGAUGAAAACUGAUUUGACACUGUGUUCUAUUCCUGGGUUUCCUUUAAACAUGAGUUCUCAUUCUAGCACAAGUAAUGUGAUGAAGUUUUUAAACAACAUUGAAUUUUGGGUAUUGGGUAUUUGGAUAUUCUUUAAACUAUUCUUCUAGUCAUCUUAAUAUGACAUAGUUAUGGCUAGAAGUUUUCCCAUUAAAUCCCUCUCCCCCAACCCCAUGCAUCCUCUUUCACUCUCAUCCUCCACAGUGUUCCUGUAUUUCCAUCUCACCUCAUGUAGAUUAUGAAGAUUCUUUAUCCUUUAUUUAAAAUAAUGUUUAUAAUUCCAACAGUCUACUUUUGAGAGAAUUUUUAAAGUACCUAUGGCCUUAUUUCAUUAAUUUGAGUCACUGAGCCCUUGAGUUGGAAGAAUCCUUGCUUGAGGUAGGACUAGGCUAGCUUCCUCAUUGGUAUGAGGUUUUUCUUCCUGCAAUGCAGCUGUUAGUUAUUCAGGGCUUUCUUUUUAAGGUAAAAACAGUGUGCCACUGCCUGCAGAUUUGAAGUUGUGAGAAAGAGCUAAGGGAGGCCUUGAGAGGUUAAGUGGGGAGAGCCUUAGGUUGGGAGUUAGGGAUUUGCUACUAUUUGUGUGGUCAUGAGUAAGACCUUUUCCCUGGUAGAACCUUAGUUCCUGCUUCUCCAAAUGAGAGUGUGGGAUUGUUUUCUUUGGCCUCUUAAGGAGUUGGACUAGCUCACUACCUCAGUUCCUCCUCUUAAGUCUGUCAUUCUUUAGUUCUUUCUAGCUUUAAUAUUUUGCGAUUCAUAGAAGUGUCAUCCUAGCUAAUUUAGGUAGGGAAAUUUGUCAGAAAUAAGAGUUAGAGGGACAGAGAAAUGGCUUAGUGGAUAGAAUGGCCGGCCUGGAGACAGGAGGUCCUGGGUUUAACUCUGGCCUCAGAGUUAAACUGUGUGACCUUGGACAAGUCAUGUAACCUCCAUUGCCUAGUCCUUACCACUCUUCUGCCUUGGAACCAAUACUUAGUAUUGAUUUUAAGACAGAAGGUAAGGGUUGGAAAAAAGAUGAAAUGAGAGGUAGAAUGACAAGCAAUGGCAAAAACAAAGGACCUGAAGCAGCACAACUGCUGGAUGAAUGAUGGGUGUGGCCAUCAUGUGGGUUUCUCCAUGAGCAUGGGCUGUACUGGACAGUAAUAGCAAAGAAGCUCUGAAUAAUGUACCUCCCCAAGUGAGAAAAGCACUUUGUGUGAACAACAGAGGAUUCUAGCAUUAAGUCAUAAAAUGUCCAUAUAGGCAUCUGGUUCAACUCAUCACUGAAAAUGCCUGACAAGUGGUCACCCAGCUUAUGCUUAAGAGGAACACCCUAGAGACAACGCGUUCUAUUUUGGAAAUAACUAAUUGUUAGAAAGGUGUUCCUUACAUCAAGCAAAAAUUUGCCUUUUUGCAUCUUUCCACCAUUAUUUAUACUUUUAUCCUUUGGGGCCAAACAGAACAAGUACAAUCUCUAAUAGAUUACUAGGUGGUACAGCGGAUAAAGUGCUGGAUUUGGAGUCAGGAAGACGAGUUCAUAUCCAGCCUCAGAUACUUCUAGCUGUGUGACACUGGGCAAGUCACUUAAUCUGUUUGCCUUAGUUUUCUCAUCUGUAAAAAUGGGGAUAAUAAUUGCACCUGCCUUCUAGGGUUGUUGUGAAGCACAAAUGAGAUACACCAAAAAGUGUUUAACACAGUGGCUGACAUCUAAGUGCUCCGUAAAUGCUCACUAUUAUUAUGAUUAUUCUUUUUAUCCCUGGUUUACUUCUCAUACUUAAAGACAAUUAUUAUGUGCCCCUUAAGUCUUGUUCAGGUUGAACAUUUUCAGUUUGAGUUGGGACUCAUUGAACUUUCAGUCUAUUAAAGCCCUUCAGAUCUUUUUUAGGUAUAAUGCCAUCUUGUUCCUAUACAGCAUAAACACAAGACCCUGUAGAGAUGUGAGUUAUUUUUGUCUCUAUAGAACUUGGGGGCUUUAGGAGUAUCAAAGGUGAGGAAUGCACAGGGAGCAUAUGGAUCUUAAACUUCUUUAACUUAAACUUCUAUUCUACUGAGGUAGAUUUGGCAUCAACUUCUUUAACUUCAAGGCCCUCUAUCAGGGUUAAAUUGUCUUCAUAGGCUGGAAAAGUAGGUGGGAGACAGAUUUUGCAUUUGUCAAGACAGGGAUGAGUCCCAGCUCUGACGUCAAAAGUUGUGAGUUCAAAUUCUCUGGCACUUAUUCCCAGUGUGACAUUUGGCAAUUUUUAAUUCAGGGCAAAAUGUAAUAUCUCAGGGUCUGUUUUUAAAUCUAUAAUGAAUUGGAUUAGGUGGUCUCUAAUGUCUGUGUCAGCUUUAUAUCUAUUAUGAUUUGAUCUUGAUUGGUAGUUAUAUUUUAUCAUGACAAUCAUAGAAGAAUAUAGGAGUUGACAGAUUAGUGAGUAUUCAGACUUGUGUAUUAGGAAGAAGAUAUCAGAAGCUGUUUGAAGAAUUGAGGAGUCAAGAUACCGAAAGUCAGGGGAGAGGUUAGGAGGCUUUUAAGGUAUUCUUGCUGCCAGGGAGAAGAAGGAUAACCUGAACCAGAGUGCUUAGCAGUAGAUUGGGAAUAAGAGAACAGAAGCCAGAAAUAUUGCUGAGGUUGAAUUGAGAGGACUUAGCAACCUAGGAUAUAAAAGUAAGAGAGGAAAAAAGUAGAUCUCUUAGGACCAUAGGCUUUGGAAUUAGAAGGGCAACCCCUUCAUUUUAUAGAUGUGGAAAUAAGCCCAAAAAGCUGACAUAACUUCCCUGGGAUAUCAUAGGCAACAGAUAGGGGCAAGAUUCUGAUUUCUGCCUCCAAAUUAAUGUUCUUUUUAUACAAGAGUCAAAGGUAACAGGUCUUGAGUGUGGGUAACUGGAAUGAUGAUGAUAUAUUCUAAAAGUUGGAAGAUUUAGGAGGAAGGACAAAUUCAGGUGGAGCAGGAUGGUUUAAUUUUGACUAUGUUGAAUUUGAAGGGUCUGAAGGACAUCUAGGUGUAGGUAUCCUAUAAACAGUUAGAAAUAUCAUUGGGCAAAUCAGGGUAAAAUUGAGGAAGGUAAACAUAAAGUGCCUCCAUGUGCCAGGCUCUAUGUUAAGUGCUUUACAAAUAUUUAUCCCAUUUGAUUCUCACAGUAACUUUUAUAACAAGGUUGGAUUGGAAGGAUUGAUUUGGGAGUCUGGGAAGAAAUGAAAAUGUUAACAGAGAAAGUAUUAUGAAUAAAAAAAAAAGGCUUUGAGGGCCA